AUGGAGGGCAGAGAAGGCUCCCAGGGACAUAGAGACCAGAGGGGGGGUGCGGCUCUCUGCCUCAUCAGCCCAUCUCGGCACACACAAACUGGGAUUGCGGACUCCACUGGUGUCCCCUUAGCUUGGAUCUCCAGAUCUCGUCCCGUCUCCUGUUGUCGGAGCUGUUUGCAGAGAUUCUUCGUUGACAUCCGACUCUUGCGGUUCAUCAUCAGAGGACUCCGAUCAGUGGCCACCAGCAGCAGCAGCAGCAGCAGCAGCAGCAGCAGCAGCAGCAGCGGUAGCAGGCUUAACGAAGCUAAGCACACUGUCACGCUGUCAGAGGGAGCACCCAGCACCCGUGCACUCGCCCCCACCCACCCGCUGUCUGAGGUGGUCUUUGGGGUCAGCCGUCCACAGAGAGCAGAGACCGAGGACCCACUCCAUCCUAACAGGCAGCUUCACUCCAGUAUGCUGUUAGCGUGUUAA